AUGCGGGGCGCGGUCGGAGCGAGCCGAGCCCACGGCGGCUCGGUGCGCAGCCACGGCUCCUCGUCGGACGCCACCGACGUGGACCCCCGCGAGCGCCUCAAGGCCUGCUGCCGCCGCCUCGUCGCCUUCAUGUGCACCCAGGUAGGGGUGGGCGCGCUCGUCGUCGGCUACGCGAUCGUGGGCGCCGUCGGCUUCAUGUGGCUGGAGCGCGGCCACGACAGUCCGCUGCUGGAGCAGGAGCGCACUGUCAUCGGCAUGCGGGCCGCCUGUGCCGACGAGCUGUGGGACCUAGUGGACCGGCACAACACGCUGGACGGCGCCGCCGCGUGGGCGCGCGACGCGGACGUGGUGCUGCGCCGCUUCCAGGACGUGGUGGCGCGCGCCGCGCGUGCCGGCUACACGGGCGCCAGCCUCGACAACACGUGGUCCUUUCCCGCCGCGCUCAUGUUCUGCCUGUCCGUCUUCACGAUGAUCGGCUACGGCAACCUGGUGCCCCGCACCUCGUGGGGCAAGGCCGUCACCGUGCUGUACGCCGUUUUCGGCAUCCCCCUGUACGUGCUGUACUUCAUGAACAUGGGGAAGGUGCUCGCGACGACGUUUCGCUGGCUAUACGCGCGCGUGCACGAGUGCAGCCGCGACAGGUCUCCGCGCCUGCGCCGGGGAGGUUCCGUGGGCCCCGCGCCCCCGCCGCGCCGCGUCAUAGUCCCGUCCACCGCUUGCCUCUGGGUCAUUGCCGCCUACAUCCUCGCCGGCACCAUCAUGUUCGCCGAGUGGGAAGGCUGGAACUACCUCAACAGCACCUACUUCUGCGUCACCAGCUUGUGUAAAAUUGGCAUAGGUGAUUUUGUGCCCGGUGCCAACAUCAGUGACUCGCACGGCGGCAGCCAGACCAAACUUGUUAUCAACUUCGUAUAUCUUUUGCUGGGAAUGGGACUGGUGGCGAUGUGCUAUAAUCUCAUGCGAGAGGAAGUGCGUGUGAAAGUGCGAGAGGUGAAACGGGAACUCGGGCAGUGUCUCGAAGAUACCCGGACGCGUAUGGCGUACUGCACUGAGCCUUCGGAAAAUUGACAGCUUAGCCGUGGUUUUGUGCGUGGUACACUGACUUGCGACGAGAGGUGGCGCUGUAAGAUUUGCCACUCACUGUGAAAAAUACUCUUAAAGUUUACGAAACUCAGCACUCACCUUAUGUGAGAGUAAGUUAUUUAACAAAAGGAUUUUUGCUAUUGCUAUAUGCAAGGGUACUUACAAAAAUUGACGUUUUCAAAUUUUCUGGCAUAGGCACCUAGCUUCGUGACACACUGGUCAACGUAUCCCCAAGCUCGUGGAUGCCUUCUAGAAGAGGAAAAAAAAAAAAAAUCGUCUGGUGCGUUUCGUUACUGCCUUCACUCUGCCGCUUUAUCUUUUGAAAACUUCUGACCCAGCAAAAGUUAUUUUAAAACCUCAAAUUUGAAAGUAAACGGUAAUACAAAAUAAAAAUUUUAGUUCAAAAUAAUAUGCAGAACAGAAAAUAAUUUAGUGUGCAUGGCAUUGAAGCUGCAGAACGCUCUGUUACAAGCAUCUAUUGGCUCAAAGUCUUCGCUACGUGGAGGAUGUAACAACAGUUGCGAACAACACGUCAUUUAAUGUUCUUGUAUACAAGAGAAGGCGUUUCUCUCUCUCUCUCUCUCUCUCUCUCUCUCUCUCUCUCUCUCUCUAUUUUUUUCCAUUUUUGUUUUUUCCAUGGAGCAGCAGUACUCCUUGUAAUAGGCCUCCAUGGCAGUUUUGAUUGUAUGGCAGGCUUCAGCUGCCUCACUCCCACAUCACUCUAUUGAGAAGUGGUUGCAGAUUGGCAUUUCUCCCGGAAGUUUUCCAGUAUAGGAAUCUUCACAUUCCUAAAGAUUGUCAGCACGACUUUCAGUGAAUGCCCGUCUUUGAACGUUUUCUUGUUCUGAGAUGAGGUCUGCUUCACCUCGCAGGUCGCGCUUUGAUCAAGAAGAGCAUCGUCUCCACACCCAUGAUGUCGUAAGACAUGUCUAAUAUACGUGCUGCGAUCGUGUCAGUUACCUUCAAGCUCAUUCGUUACCCCUACAGACAAAAUCGGAGUGGGUGAUACUGUAUACGGAUCCGUGACUCGUGUUUAAUUCCAGUUAUUGUGUCAGCAAUGACGUGCGUAGUGACACGAAUUUACUAGUCAGUCUGUUUACCUAUGUCUGUUCAGAAAGACAUUCGUCCUGUCACAAAUAUUGUAUCUUUGUUUUUUAAUCUUUCCGCCCAUUCAAAAACUAGAUCUAUAUUUCAACGAUUGUAUUUCAUACUGUCUCAUUAUUCUGACUUCGAUCGCAAAUGUUUUCAAUCCUUCUGACCACAAUACAUGAAUAACAAACACUCAGGGUGUGUGGCGGAGCGUAUUUCUGGUACAUCUCUGUUCCUCCUCCUCCGUGUUCUAUUCGCAAAUGGCACAUGGAAAGAUAGAUUGUCAGUAAAAUUAUGUAUUAGCUCAAAUUUCUCGGAUUUUCUCGUUAUGCUCAUUUCGCGAGAGAUAUGUGGAAGAAGGUAAUAUGAUGCCUGAUUCUUCUUGGCACGUACGCUCUCGAAAUUUCGAUAGUAAAGUUCGUCGUGAUUCACAAUACCUCUCUUGUACCAUCUGCCAUUGGAGUUUGUUGAGCACAUCUGUAACGCUCUAGCGCCGACCAAAAGAUCUCGUGACGAAACUCGCCGCUGUUCGUCGGAUUUUCUAGUUAGUUUCAUGUUCCAUGGAUCUUUUUGCACGAUAAAUCUUAAAAGAUGUGGGACGAGUGAUUUUACAUCCACAUCACAAAUUAAUUUGUAAAUACGGUUACAUGCUGAACAUUUCUAAGUUGUUUUCUUUUUUAAAUUUUUUCUCCCUUCUAUUAAUCUAACCACAUGAGGGUCCCAGACAGAUAACCAAUACUUAAGAACCGGAAGAAUCGCUAAAACACUUCUUUUGUGGACGAAUCACGUUUCCUUAAGAGUCUUCCUACAAACCUCAGCCUACCAUCUCCUUUUCCUGUUGUUAGUUGCAUAUGGUAAUUUCACUUAAUGUUGCACCGGUUGGUUAUUCCUAGGUAUGUUACGGCAGUUACUUACAGAUUCCAUUGUUUUGUCAUCAAUAGAGUAAUGGUAAAGCAGUGAAUUUAUGCGCAUAACAUUACAUUUAUUUACGUCCAGGACCAACUGCCAGUCUCUGCAUCAUUCCUCUACUGGUCUUGUCGUAUGACAUUGUUGCCUUCUUAUAGGUAGCAAGCAUCAUCUGUGAACAAUCUCACGGAGCGUCUGACGUUUUCCACUAGAUUGUUGAUGUAUAUUGUAAACAGUAGAGGUUCUAUCAAACUUACUUGCGGUACACCUAAAAUUACCUUUACAUCUCCAGAUUUUCUUUCACAGUGAGCGCCGUUUCGAGUUCUUUCGGCAAGGAAGGCAUGAAUCCAGUCUUAAAUCUGGCCCGAUCUCGGUAAGCUCGUACGCUUUUCACUAAACGACAGUGCGAAACUGUAUAAAACAUCUUUCUGAAGACAAGGAACACGGCAUCAAACUGGACGCCAAUGUGUACAGCGCUCUGGAUGUCAUUGCUCACAGUACCAUCAUUGCGUUCUGUUGUUAAGGUAUUAUACGUAACUGAGUGUUCAGCAUGCCUUGACUGUCAUGUGAAAGACCAGGUUCGCUUCUCGGUGCUACCACAAAUUUUUCCGUAGCAAUUGCUUGCACUCAACCUAAUGAGUUGUGUUAAGGACCUGCUUGAAUGGGAAAUGGUGCCUUCGAGGGCUUGAUUGUAGAGCUAGGUUUGCUUUUCUCACUCCGUAUUGCUGUGGAGGUUCGGAAGAGUUGUGACAAAGGGAGAGUUAUUUAGAUCUCAUAAAUAUUGGUUGUUUGAGUUGUAAUGAGUUCUCUUUAUCUACUUAUUUUACAUGCAGAAUGUGUUGUGCUUUUACUAGACUAUAUUUCGAAUGAACACAGGCGAGAGAACAUGAAAAGUAAGCUUAUGAUGAAUGAAGUCGGAACAAACUGAAAAACUGUGUUUAUUUCUUCAUCAAAUUCCUGACAAUGUUUGAUAUGUAGCUUUUCAUUUCCUCUUUGCUGAUGACAGAAUUUAUUUUCUUGGUUAAAAUCAUGAUCUGUGUGUUUAUUAAACUGAUAGUAUAAGCUGUUAAAUGUUUUUAUUUUGUUUAAUGUUACACAGCAAUUGAAAAAUGAAUUCUGAGUAACCAUUAUAGUGGCUUGACAAAACUCUCUUGUUUUUACUCUGAUUACCAUUUGACAUUCGUAGCUUACUUACAGUAAGUUUUUCUAUUAUUAGCAAACGUAAAGGAAAAUAAAGUUGUGCCUGAAAUACAAUUGACACGUUACUGAUAUACAGAUCAGUCUCUGUAGACCAUUUUCUAAUGCUUUUAUUGGUAUUUUUUAAAGAUGAUCUAAAAAACUGAAAGCUAUGUUUUGUGGCAUGUGAGU